GGUAGAAAAUGCGGAAUUCUUCCAUUGACACUUGACAGUACCCACCGCCCUCACAACAACUGAUCCGGUCCUCCACUGCCCGCCCCAUCAGAAAAAAAAAGGGAGAAAAAUGUCCGACGCAGGAGUUCCGAAGCUGGCCACAACCAUCCACGUCACGGCGUUAGACGGGAUCGUUAACGUAAAUUCCCUGUUCACACUAGCUGUGUUCAUCGGACUCUCUUGGAACCCGAAGGACCCGGACAACAGACUCAACUCCGAUCCGAACUGCCAAGCCGGUCCCAAAGUCGCCGAGAACCUCGUCGCUUUCCACGUCUACUCUUUCAGCUCUUUUCUCUUCUCCAGCCUGGUCGCACUGGGACUGAAGCAGGCCAUCAGGCUGUCCCGCUCCGCCCAUUAUCGGACCAUAUUCACUUUGGACUUGGCCCACGUGAAUAAAAGUGCUCUGCGGGUCGGGUACUUGGUUUCUGCUGCCGGGUCGGCUUCCGGGUGCCUAUUCUUGAUGCUGGCUUUGAUUAAUGUGGUGCAGAUCAAGCUUGGGACAUUGUCCUGUGGGAGUCCACAUAGCUUGGGAGCUGUGGUCCCGCUUCUUAUUUUUGUGCCAAUUGCUCUUUUGAUUUAUGUGUCCAUUGUCAUCUAUGCUUUUACCCAGUAGAUCAAACUUUGAAUGUUGUGUGACAUUUGGUAAUUUGAUUUGUGGGAUUUCUUAUAGAGUUGUAGCAAAUGAUGAGAUUACUAGCACUCUGUGACUUGAUUUCUUUAGUGGGAUGGCAAUCUUUUUUGUUCC